AUGUCCGAAGAAAAAAAACAGCAGUUGCAAGAUUCUGACUUGGUGGUGUGGCCUGUGUUUUCAGAAUUGAUUGCCAUGGAUGAAGAUGAAGAAGGCUUCUCCAAAAAUUUAUUUCAAACUUUCAAGGAUCAAGUAGAAGAUACCUUUGAAGAAAUCGAUGAAAAUUUAGCAUCCAAAAACCUAGAUAAAUUAAGCUCCUUGGGUCACUAUUUGAAGGGUAGUGCUGCUGCUCUUGGAUUGGUAAAAAUUUCCUCCCAAUGUGAAAGAAUCCAAAAUUAUGGUCAUAAAAUUAACUGUGAUAACUUUGAACUAUCUCCAACCUCAACUGUUGAUACCGACCUGGAUGAUUACUGGGUAUUGUUAAUCCUGGAUGCGUUUGAGAAAGCAAAAGAUGGGUUUGAAAAAUCAGAAAAGGCCCUUAAUGAAUAUUUUGAUGAUGAAUUAUGA